GAGGCAGCAGACAUCUGUUGCGGGCCCUCUGACAAGGACUACGUGGGACGGUGCACUUCAGGGAGCAUCUGAUGGGAGUAUAAAUGCUCUUUCCAGCUCAUUUGCCUCCCCCACUAAGGUUAACUCGGCGCAGCCUGUUGGCGAAAGGCAACUUUUUGAUCAAAUGGUCAUCUAAGUAUCAGGUUAUUGUAAAGCAUUUUUAAAGACAGAAAAUGCUCUGGGACCUUUUAUUUAGGAAAGCCGUUUUGCUUUUCUGAUGAUUUCGUCGAACUUUCUCUCAGAAUUAGAAGGACAGCAAGAGGAUCUAAAUCAGAUGAGUGAUGAGCUGAAAAAAAUGUGAGCUGAAGAAUUAGUUCUGUCAGCUUGAAUACUGACAGCUGACUCUUUAGUUUCCCUUGGUUUGUUUUGACCCCUGAACUUUCUCCGAGAUGAGCCGCUAAAGCUCUGUGAUGCGAGGUCUCUACCGGCAACACUCUUUGCCUUUUUAGGCACGUGCUGAACAUGGCUGAUUCACUUCCUUUCCAUGAAAGCAAGUGGACAUGAACAUAAUGUCGGACUCAGACGCUGGACCAUAAAUUGAAUUUCCACCUCGAUGCACUCUGAUCUGUUGAUUCUGCACGGACAUGGAAGCAAAGCACUUUCAGCACAUCUAGGAAAUACCUCAGAGGACUCACAAGGCCUGACUUCAUGUUGGAAACCGCUCGAAUCCUCACGGAGUUUAUCAAUGUGUGUCGCCCUUGUUUCCCACAAUCCCGUCAAAGGGUGAAAGUAAAGCAAAUAUUUUUUUGCAGUUCGUUCCAGCAUGGUAUGGUUUCUCACAGCGCAAACUUGGUUUCUCCCUCACAUUUGACGAUUUCUUGUUCGACUCGUUAUUUUUCAACUUUGCGACAAAAUGAUGAACAGAGACUCUCGCUUCCAGCGGAAGACACAUGGCAACUUUUCCACCCGCAGGCACUCAUGCAUUGGCUUUGAUGUGGAGAAUGGAUUGUCGGUGGGCCGCAGUCCCCUGGACGCUCAGGCCAGCCCGAGCUCUGUUGGUCUGGUCCGACAAGCCAACUUUCCUCACAGCCAGCGGCGGGAAUCUUUCCUCUACCGCUCGGACUCAGACUUUGACCUGUCACCCAAAGGUCCUUUGAAAAAUGCUUCCACUGCAAGUGACCUACACACAGAAGACAUGAUUGUCACACCAUUUGCACAGGUCCUUGCCAGCCUGAGGACAGUCCGGAGUAACUUUGCCGUCAUAACUGGCCAGCAAGAUCGGCCAACCAGCAAGACCAGAUCGUCUGGCAGCAACCCGCCGUCCAUGUGCAAUACCAGUCUGGCAGAGGAGCCUCACCAGCAGCUGGCCAUAGAGACUCUGGAUGAGCUGGACUGGUGUCUGGAACAACUGGAGACCCUGAAAACCCGACACUCUGUCAGUGAGAUGGCCUCCAACAAGUUCAAGAGGAUGCUGAACCGAGAGCUCACCCAGCUGUCAGAGACCAGCCGCUCAGGGAACCAGGUCUCGGAAUUCAUCUCAAGUACCUUCCUAGAGAAGCAACAUGAUAUGGACAUCAUGGCUCCCCCCACCAAGGAGGAGAAGAAGAAGCGACCCAUGUCCCAGAUCAGCGGUGUGAAGAAGCCUACGCACAGCCCCAGCCUCGCACCAUCCACCAUCCCUCGCUUUGGGGUCAACGCCACCCAGGAAGGUCAUCUAGCCAAAGAAUUGGAGGAUAUUAAUAAAUGGGGAAUUGACGUCUUUAAGGUCGCCGAGCACUCUGGGAAUCGUCCACUCACAGUCACCAUGUACACCAUCUUCCAGGAGCGCGACCUGCUCAAGUCUUUCAAGAUCCCAGUUGACACUUUCAUUACAUUCAUGAUGACUUUGGAGGAUCACUACCAUGCAGACGUGGCGUAUCACAACAACAUCCAUGCCGCCGACGUUGUCCAGUCAACUCACGUGCUGCUUUCAACACCUGCGCUGGAGGCCGUGUUCACCGAUCUGGAAAUCCUCGCCGCUCUCUUUGCCAGUGCCAUCCAUGAUGUGGAUCACCCUGGUGUUUCCAAUCAGUUUCUCAUCAACACUAAUUCUGAGCUGGCGUUGAUGUACAACGACUCAUCCGUGUUGGAGAAUCACCACCUAGCUGUCGGGUUUAAGCUUCUGCAAGAGGACAACUGUGACAUCUUUCAAAACCUCAGCAAGAAACAGAGACACUCACUGCGUAAAUUAGUCAUUGACAUGGUGCUAGCCACUGAUAUGUCCAAACACAUGAACCUGCUGGCAGACCUAAAAACCAUGGUGGAGACCAAGAAAGUCACCAGUUUAGGUGUUCUGCUUCUGGACAAUUACUCAGACCGCAUUCAGGUCCUUCAGAACAUGGUGCACUGUGCCGACCUGAGUAACCCCACCAAGCCACUUGAGUUGUACCGUCAGUGGACUGAUCGGAUCAUGGUGGAGUUCUUCACCCAAGGGGACAGGGAGCGGGACAAGGGCAUGGAGAUCAGCCCUAUGUGUGACAAACACAAUGCCUCCAUUGAGAAGAGCCAGGUGGGUUUCAUUGAUUACAUCGUCCAUCCUCUUUGGGAGACAUGGGCUGACCUCGUUCACCCCGAUGCGCAGGAGAUCCUGGACACCUUGGAGGAUAACAGAGAGUGGUACCAGAGCAUGAUCCCCCGCAGUCCUUCACCAAAUCCCGAAGGCCCAGAAGAAGGGGGCGUCACUGGAGAAGCCUCGGGGUUUUGUGCGGGCACAGCAUCCACUGACAAGUUCCAGUUUGAGCUGACCUUAGAGGAGGAGGAGGGAGAAUCUGAUGCGGAGAGCCUGCCAGAUGAAGCGGAGGGUAGUCGAGGGACUGAAGCAUCCAGAACUGAUCCUGCCAAAGGAUUCGAUGCCAUAACUGCUCACCUACUCCCUAAAACCAUCGCUGCUGAUGCAACAAGAACGUUUUCCGCACACUCCGAUAAAGACAUGGCAGCAGAAAGAGCGACAGACACGGGAUCAGACAUCAGACUCGACACAUAGCACCCAUCCCAAGUUUCAGCUCCACCUUCACCUUCAGCCUUUUUUUUUUUUUUUUUUUUCUUGAUUUCAGUGCCUCGUCCGUUGUCACUCUGCUUCUCCUCGUCCGCACUAACUUCACCUUUGUUUCCGGAGGUAAGGUGACAGCGAAACCUCUGGAUGAGGAGCACUUGUGUGCAGCUGUGAACGACGUCUGCAGUUGAAGCAGGCACUUGCACUAAAGACAGACUGAGAGACUGAGUCUGGGAGAGGACAGGAAUUCGGGUUUCUCACUGUUUGUUUCUGUUCUGUCAGUCAGACACACUGUGGCUAUUCUACAGAGACCAUGUGACAAGAAAUACUUUCCAGAUUAGGUUGCACCACAAGAAUUGAAUUGAAAUGAAUUGUCUUCCUCGUUUUAGUUUUUAAGUAAAGAUGGUGAGGACGUGGUGAAUGACACGAAAAACACAAUGACGUCAGCUUGAUUCGUUAUUCAACUUGAAUUUGGCUGAGGAUACAUGAAGAGGUUUUGCCUCUCUUUCAAGGUUGAUUCUUAAAUUGUGACAAACUACAGGGGAGUUUACCUAUAGCAAGACAUUUUGCCAAACUAGCAACUUAACGUUGUUUUGCCUGCCUUUGAAAUCUUUGCUAUAUAAUGAUGUUGUCUUUUAAUUAAGAUAACUUGUCAAACCUGUGCCAGAAAAAUGCACACAGAGUGAGAGUGUAGGAAACCUGAAAUUUAGAAGACAUUUUGAGGUACUCUUGUCAUUCUUGUAUGCAUAACUCCCCCUCGCCAGCCAGUCAGUGGAAGAAGAUUAAAGUGAAUAACCUGCCAAAAAGCACGAGCUCUUUUGACAUUGUCCUCUGCCUCCAGCUUGUUACCUCCAUUUCUGUAUCUUUCAGUGGCAGGCUGUGCAUGUGGUACCUUGGCCUUCAGUGAUUUAUCCCACUUAAUCCACCUCUUAAUACCACCACUAUAACGUUGCGAUUAUAGAAGCCAUCAAUUUGAUACAAAUAUGCAACAUAACAGCACACAACUGUGCCACAUACUGUACAUUAUUUAGAGCAGUUCGGAAAAUGAAAUAACCUGACAAAAACAAACAUGUAAAUGAAGUCAAUCAUACUCACCCUAGAUCCUGAUUAAAGGUGACUUGUUUUGCAAGUUGGAGUUCACUGUAGCAAGUUUUCCUCUGACCAACAACCUGACCCUCGGAGGAUGAAUUUGAAAUCUUAUUGGUUAAAAACAAAAACUAUACCGCACUAAUAUAGUUUAGGUUACAUCAGCCAGCACUACUGAUUCUGAAGGCCCUGAGCAGAUUAGAUUAACAUGGCAACACAAAGAGGCUGAAAUCGAACACGCAACACACGUACCGGAAGCAGUGCAGCCAAGAGAAACCCACUCCUGCUAUCUUUAAACUACUGUCAGCAUGAACUCGUUUCAGAACAGCCACAACAAAGUGCUCUGUGUACAUGUUUCCCCCUGGUGUUGAAAAGUAGUCCUUCAUCUUUGGUAUCAAAUUUGCAUGCCCUGCAUGGGAAACACAUUCAAAGUGGGUUCAACUGCAGAUCCCUCUGUCCAAAAAUAUCAGCAAAGUUUCUUCUUUGUUACUAUUUAAACUCUUGUUUUGUUUUUUUU